AUGGGACAUUGGCGUAUCAAGAUAUCACUUGUUGCUGCUAUAUACAUGACAAUUCUACAUUCAUCUGUCGCCCACAACGAACCAGAAGACUUCCUUCAUGCCCAUGGUUGCAUUAGAAGAUUACUGGAUUUACCACCUCUGGUAUGGGACCCUGAAUUGGCAAAAGUUGCGCAAGCGUGGGCUGACAAAAGGAAGGAUUGUAAAUUGACACCCUCUGACAAGGUUGGUGAGAAUAUGGCACAGGGGCCAAAUCUUAAUGCUUCAUAUGCAGUUCAGAUGUGGGUUGAAGAGAGACCCGAUUACGACCAUGCUAAAAAUGAGUGCUUACCGGGUACUCAGUGUGCCCAUUAUACGCAAGUGACAUGGAAAAAUACAGAACGCGUUGGAUGUGGUAGGGCUCAAUGUUCAGACGGAGUGUGCUACGUUAUUGUUUGCAAUUAUGACCCACCAGGGAACAUUGUUGGCGAGAAACCCUACUAA